AUUAAAAUGAUAAUGAUUCUGCAUCGGGAUGUACAUGAUUUCUGUGUUAAUGCUCCAUGUUUCAUGUUGGUAUGAUUUUCUUCAUACUCGUAUCCAGUCCAAGGCUACAGAUGUACCGAUGGGCUGGUGAUCGACGACGAAAACGUGUGCGAUUUCAGGGAAGACUGUUCUGACGGACUCGAUGAAAGCACGUGUCCUGCGACAUGUGAUUUUGAGGGUGGUUUGUGUGAGUGGUAUCAUGAUGCGAGUCUCGAUCUGAACUGGACAAUGUUCAUGAACAAUGAACCCGAGUGGUAUUACGGUCCAGGAGCCGACCACACCCUAAACAGUGUUAACGGUCACUAUCUCUACGUUGACGACACCUACAGUGAAUUCGAUCAAAAAGCCAUCAUCCGUAGCCCAACCUACCAGAUGGCUGCCCGACGUUGCAUAUUCUCCAUGUGGUACUACGUCUACGGCGUGGACAUGGGAACCUUGAAGGUGCUCCAGUACACCCCAUCGAACGACCGGAACUACAACCUCAUGACCGUAGUCGAUAUCGGCGAAGACAUGUCCACCAAGGAUCGAUGGAACCUGUACGAAGUCCAAGUGGAAGCUUGCGCUGAAAACUUUCAGCUUUCGAUUGAAGCAAAGGACAGAAAUGACUACUUUGACACGGGAGGUUACGCAAUUGACGAUCUAAGAUUCGAGGGGUGUGCGUAUACCCUCCCUUUGCCUCCAGGGGGGUCGUGUGAUGCCGAUACAGAGGAGACGUGCGACUCGGGACAUUGUUAUCCUAAGAGUGAGAGAUGUGACUAUACACCAAACUGCUGUGAUGGCACGGACGAGUCGACCCAAAAUUGUGCUGACUACAGGAUGUGUGACUUUGAGACGAACAUGUGUUACUGGGGGCAGCUCACUGAUGACACUUUAGAUUGGACAAGAAAGACCGGUGGAACGGGUACCGGUGAUACCGGCCCUUGGAAAGAUCAUACUACCUUUAGUAACAACGGCUAUUUCAUCUAUACUGAGGUCGAUGAUGCAUUUCCAGGUGACACGUACAGAAUCGGAAGCUUUUACAUCCAACCUACGUCAUCAGGGUGUGAGAUUCGUUUCUACCACCACAUGCGAGGGUCAGGGAUUGGAACCCUAAACCUGUACACCCGGACCAAGAUCGAUGGACCGAUGACUCGUCUAUGGUACAGUGAUACUGCCCAUGGGAACUACUGGCUCUAUCAAAGGGUAUCACUUACCAGUGAAGAUGCCUUCCAGGUGGUAUUUGAAGGAGUGAGAGGGUCGACUAAUUUGGGCGAUAUAGCUCUGGACGAUAUCACCUUUACUCCAGAGUGCGUCGAGUCGAAAGAGCCCCUACCUCCUGCCGACGUGAUCCCUACCCAACCAAAUCAUUGUGAGCUCGGCAUGCGACCAUGUGACAUAGAUCAGUGCAUCGAUGAGUCGUAUUACUGUGACUUCAAUCCAGACUGUCCCGUUGGUGGCGAAGACGAACUAUACUGCCCUUCUACUUGUGAUUUCGAUACGGUGGGGAUCCUGAGCACGUGUUACUGGAGUCAAGACGUCAAAGAUGAUUUUGACUGGUCGUGGUUCAACGCCCCUGAGAUGGAAGACAGUUACAAUGGCCCUAGGUAUGAUCAUACCACGGCUUCAACGUCAGGACACUACAUCUACGUGGAUGGAACAAUCUCCUCCAUCAAUACAUACGCCAAGCUCGUCAGUCCCAUCUACAAGAAAACAAAUAGGGGCUGCACCUUCAGCAUGUAUUAUUACAUGUUUGGUGUCGAGUAUGGGGACCUAGAGAUUCGUCUCAUUGACCAGGAGGGAAUGGAUAUUCGUUUGACAAAGGUCGGUGACAACGCACUGGAUUACAAUAAAUGGAUCCUCAGCGAAUCGUUGAUUCCAGCAUGUACAAAGAACUUCCAAAUCGUCAUCGAGGCCGAAGACAAACAAGUCCUACCUACCGAGGGCGGUUUCGCGGUCGACGACAUCGCCAUGAAAGACUGUUACUACGCGCCAGAGGUAGACCCUGGCUCUUGUGGUUUACAAGCUCAGUGCGAUGCAGGCGAGUGCUACCCGGCCGAGAACCAGUGUGAUUUCACUCAAGAUUGCUGUGAUAUGUCAGAUGAGGACCCUCAGACAUGCAACCUCGGCAAGUCUGUUGCUGCCGAGGGGUUUACCGUCUCAGUCUCUACGAUCAUCCAUCGUAGAUGGGAGAGUGAAGCGGACAAGAAGCGGGUUGAUGAGAUCAACUAUCUGAUGGAGUUGGCAGCCAGCGAGAACAGAUGGGGCCUCAUCAUCAACAAUGAUAUCAGCGAGCAGCAUCUCGGGCGUGAUGGCGUUCACCUCAACAGAGCCGGUCAACGAAUCUUGGCAGGCAACCUGAAACGCCUCAUCAACAGUGCUGACCAACCGACAACACAAGGCCAUGGCUGGACUCAACGGUCGUCCGAUCAAGAAACAGGCAGUGAACCUGGAGCAAGGCGGCAUCAAGCCAUCUACCGAGAAAACCAGAGUCUUCAUUCUGAUGAGGAAAAAGGCAGCCCCUUGGGUUACUCCCUGUGUAACUUUGAGAUCGACCUUUGUUACUGGGAGCAGUUGACCACCGACGAGUUUGAUUGGAGGAGGAAUCAAGGGGAUACAUCCAGCGAAGGAACAGGACCUGAAGUAGACCACACCUUUGGCACAGAUGAAGGUUAUUACAUCUACACGGAAGCAAGUAACCCUAGGAAGUUGGGAGAAAGAGCAAGACUUGCUAGUUUUACAAUUGCGGGAUCGCGUAUUAGCGUGUGUUCGGUAAGUCUGGCGACUGUACUUCUCCCUCCGGUCUUUCAAACAGUUGCGAUUGUUCGCAAGUUCUACGAUUAA